AUGGGGGGCCAUGGGGGCCUCAAUAUAUUACCCCAGAAACGAUGGCAUGUGUAUAGAGAUGAUAAUAAGCUGCGGGUGCUGCGCGAUGAAGCAGAGUUCAGAGCAGCAGUAGAAGCAUCCCGGCAGCAGCAGCAAAAAACAGCAAUGACAGAUGCUUUCGUUUUGUUUAAACGGCGGAAACUUGAUGCAGAAACUCCAGCAGCAGCAGCAGCAGCAGCAGCAGCAGCACCAGCAGCAGCAGCAGCAGCAGCAGCUUGCGGUUCUUCUUCUAUAUUUGAGCAGCAGCAACACGUUGUCUCUGGUGCUUCCUCCUCGCGGCCCCCUUCAAGAGUAUGGGGAGCAGCAGAUCGGGCUGCUGCAGCUGCAGCAGCAGCAGCACCUUCUGCUGCUACUGCAGCAGCAGCAGGUUCAGCAGCAGCAGCAGAAGAUGCAGCAGCAGCAAGUCGAGGUGCAGCAGCAGGAGCAAUGUUUGACGCUGGUGUGAUAGCAAUUGAAGGUUUAUGGUCUGCUGCUGGUUCGCAGCAGCAGCAGCAGCAGCAGCAGCAGCAGCAGCCUGUACUGGCGCGUCAGCUGCCUAUACACCCGAAAGGUAAAGUUGAUGCAUUAGGACAAAGAAAAGGAAGGAGAGAUCAUAUAAAUUUUUUUGCAGCAGAAGAAGAAGAAAUGCAGAAAAAGGAGAAACAAAGAAAGAAAUAUCUGCUGCAAGCUGGAUACAACAGCAGCAGCAGCAGCAGCAGCAGCAGCAGCAGCAGCAGCAGCAGCAGCAGCAAAGGGGAUUUUGCUGCUAUGCAUGCAGAAUUGCUGCUGCUGUUGCUGCUGCAGCAGCUGGUGCCAAUGCUGGCUCAGCAGCAGCAUCAGCUGCUGCAGCAGGAGGAACGGAAAAAACAGCAGCAGCUGCAGCAGCAGCAACAGCAGCUGCAAUGUGCAGCAGCUGCUGCAGCAGCAACAGCACCAGCUGCAGCAGCUGCAGCAGCUGCUGCAGCAGCUGCAAUGUGCAACAGCUGA